AUGGCUGCGGAAAACACCCCCGACGAACCGCGUACGCCUGCGCGCGACCCUCACCCCGUCGACCAGGUAGCCAGCGAAGCGAAAGCCAGCGCCGAGCACGACUCCGACGAUGAGGACGACGAGGUCGAGGAAGAGCCCAAGCUCAAGUACAGCCGCCUGACAAGGGACUUGGGGCCCGUCUACCGCAAUGGCGACGCGACAGCUACCUUCAUGGUCGCGGGGGACAAGAUGAUAGUAGGAACCCACAAUGGCAACAUACAUGCGCUGAGCAUACCCGCGUUCCAAGUCCUCCGAACCUACAACGCGCAUCCUGCUGCUUCCGUCACCGCACUCUCCGUAUCGCCUCUACUAGCUUCCCAGCCCUUCGUACCUACAGCUUCAGACCUCCGCUCAGCAGACCAGACCAAUGCAUCGACCAGACGAACCGAUUCUCCAGCAGGCAAUGCAUCCUCCCCUCGGACGCCGCGUCAGGCCCAAGUGCCAUCGACACCUUCCAAUCAGAUUUACAUAGCUUCGUCAUCUAUAGAUGGGCACGUAUGUGUGUCUUCACUCAUCGACCCCAAGGAUGUCACGCUACGCAACUUUGGUCGCCCUGUACAGGCGGUGGCGCUUUCGCCUGACUAUAAGAACGACCGCUCAUACCUAUCGGGAGGCUUGGCUGGCGAGCUUAUUCACACAGUCGGAGGUCCAACGGGUGUGCGUUCCAAUGCCAACACCAGCUCAGCAUCGCAGACAGCUCAAGGAUGGCUUGGAGCAAUAGGACUAGGCGGGCACAGUGGAAAAGAUACCGUUCUGCAUGCAGGAGAAGGUACUAUAACCGCCAUCAAAUGGUCUCUUUCUGGCAAAUUUGUAGCCUGGUCCAAUGAGCACGGCAUUCGCAUCAUGCGCACCGAUCUUCACCUCGAUAGCGCUGAGUCCGAAUAUGCCUGGAAGAGGAUUGGUUUUAUCGAAAAGCCGAACCGUCGAAUAUGGCAAGAGAUGGCUGGUGUGUGGAAGGCGCGCAUAGAGUGGAUUGACGAUCGAUCGCUUGAGUCUGACGACGAUGCGAUAUUGAGCAUGAACGGACAUCACCUUGCCGAUAAACCCGAGGCCACCUUACCACACAACCGCUCACCCCAGGCCACCAAGGACGCGAAGCCUCCGAAGAAGUUCGAAAAGCUCAUCAUAGGAUGGGGGGAUGCCGCAUGGGUCGUUCACAUACAGCCAGGUGGAGCUGGCGUCGGCCGCAACGUCGGUGAGAGAUCGGUCGGAAGCGCCGAGGUGGUCCAUUUCCUUCGUUUCGACGACUGUAUUGUUUCUGGCAUUUCGCUCUAUACCCCUUCUUUGCUUCUUGUUCUUGCAUACCGGACACGCGACGACGAUGACAAUCCAGUCUCUGGGCCCGACACAACUCCCAGAGGGGGGCGACACCGUCGCACAAACGGUCUUUCUCCUGAGCUCAAACUCAUUGAUGCCGCGACCUCGGACGAGGUUGAAGUUGACUCUCUGACCGUCAGCCGAUUCGAAAGCUUAUCUGCUGCGGACUAUCAUUUGGGCACGCUGUAUGUGCCACACCCCAAGACGAUGACACCUGCACAAAGAAGUGCACUGGAAGCCAUUGGUGGCGGGAUAUGGGAUGUUGGCGCUGCUACCGCUCGCAUAUUCAGCUCUGGGGCAAGUGUGAUGAACCUUCCCAUUGGUUCUGAUAAGCCGCCGUCGAGAGCGCCUUCCAUGUCAUCAGCAAGCGCUGGAAAUGCUGCUGGCUCAAUAUCGGGCAAGCGCCAACAACAGGCACACCCAAACGCUGCAACCGCGGGUUUGAAGGUCUUCAUACAGAGCCCCUAUGACUGUGUACUGGCCAUAAAACGAGAGCUGUCUGAUCACUUCCAAUGGGAACUCGAGCAUGAAAACUACAAAGAUGCGUGGGAGCUUCUGGAGGACCAUCCCGAGAUCAUCGCGUCCGUGUCUCAGGCAUCGUCAGACGGCUCAGAUGCAGGUACCCCAACAAAGCAGCAGGGAAGCUUACACGAGUUCUUUGCCGAUGACAGCGAAUCUCAAACGACGCUGUCUGCUACAAAGGCGAACCAAAAUUCUGCAGUCGAAAAAGAGAAGCGUCGUAUUGGAGACCUCUGGGUACAACAGCUUGUUAGCGCUGGCGAAUGGAAACAGGCAGGCAAAGUUGCUGGUCGCGUACUCGGCACCUCCACACGAUGGGAACAUUGGGUGUGGAAGUUUGCACAAACGAACCACUUCAACGAAAUCUCACCUUAUGUUCCAAAGAAGCCCAUACAACCUCCACUACCUUCAAUGGUAUACGAAGUGAUACUGGGCCACUACAUCAUACAUGAUCGCAUACGCUUCAAGCAUUUGCUCGAAGAUUGGGAUCCUGACCUGUUCGACAUCAACAGUGUUAUUGAGGCAAUCAAGAGCAAACUCUCUGCCGGCGACGUCACGGAGGAUUCUAUCGAGGGCGACAUACAAGGUCGAGACUGGCGGAUAUUGCAAGACGGUCUUGCGAAAUUGUUCCUUGCCAGUGGUAGGCAAAGAGAGGCGCUACGCUGCUACAUCCGCUUGCAAAAUGCGGAAGCAGCAAUGACUCUAAUACGAGACUUUCAUCUUGUAGAAGCCGUACGCGACGAUAUCCCUGGCUUCAUCAUGAUGGGCGUCUCGAAAGAACAGAUGAAGUCUGCAUCCACGAAAUUAGAGGAGCUAGAAGAAGCGUCAGCGGAAGCCAUCGACGUUCUCGUAGAGGAGGGCUGCCGGGGCACCAUUCCCGCAAGUGACGUCGAAAGCCAACUGCAAGCGAAAGGCCCGUCGUUCAGACCAUUCCUACACUUCUACCUGAGAAAACUCUGGAAGCCAGAAACGCAUGAGCGAACAGCCAAGACAGCUAAAGAGAGAGUGGCUGAAGAUCGUCUAGCAGCCGACGGGAAGCUCGUUGCAGAAGAAUUCGCGGAUCUCAUGGUGGAAUUGUUCGCAGAGUACGAUCGACCGCUAUUGAUGGAGUACUUGCGCAAAUCUCAAAGUUUUGAUUUGAGCAAAGCUACCGCGGAGUGCGAGAGAAGAGAGUACACUCCAGAACUUGUGCACAUCCUCUCCAAGACCGGUCAAACCAAACGUGCUCUUUAUCUGAUCAUUGAGAAGCUCUCCGACGUUAGCUUCGCUAUUUCGUUCGCUAAAGAGCAAGAUGAUCCCGAUCUUUGGAACGACUUGCUGGAUUUUUCUAUGGAUAAGCCCCACUUCAUCCGCGGUCUGCUUGAAGAGGUCGGAACAGCAAUCGAUCCAAUCAAGCUCGUCCGCCGUAUCCCUGAAGGCCUGGAAAUCGAAGGGCUAAGGGAUGGCAUUGGUCGCAUGGUGCGUGAGUAUGAAAUCCAACACUCUAUAUCAGAAGGUGUCGCAAGAGUCCUCCGGGGCGAGGUAGCAGCCGGUAUGGACACGUUGCGUGCCGGUCAGAAACGGGGUGUCAAGUUCGAAGUCAUACCAUGUGACGGCGAAGGCCACAAAAAGCAUCGCCAUGCAAAAGGACAGAUCGACAUUGAGUCUAAAGGCAUCGACCCCGUCUCCGCGGCAAAGGCUACGGCCAAGGCAGACAAGAAGACAACGGCGGCAUCUUCCACAACUAACGCACCGAACAUCGACCCCGCCCCUGCGGAAGCUCCUCAAGGCGAGGCACCGCCUGGCCAUUGUGUAGGUUGCCACCGUCCUUUCACGCUUCCUACUGCCGAAGAAGAGACCGCCACUGUUGAGGGUGGCCCUAUGCCCUUGUCUCGCGACACGCUCGUGGGCUUUGCAUGUGGUCACGUCUUCCACCUCACUUGCCUACUACCCAAGACAAGUGCUAGUGCCAGUGUUGCGGCUGGUCUACAACAGCAGCUGGCUACCGAUGCCGAGGAUAUCGGUGGUAGGUGGACAAGGAGUGUCGGCGCAAAAGUAGCGCAUGCUCAUGUCAUCAAGAGUGCAGUUGGCCGGGGGUGUGUAGUAUGUCGCGAGAAGGAAGUAGUCAGUGAAGAAUGA